AUGCCAGGCAAGUCGAACCAAGGCGAGGCAAGGUCAGGCAAGGCCAGGCAGUGCCAGAUAAGGCCAGACACGGUGAAGCAAGGCGGGGCAAUGCCAGGCAAGUCGAACCAAGGCGAGGCAAGUUCAGGCAAGGCGGCGGCAUUGCGAGGCACGGCGAAGCAAGGCGAUUCAAGGCGAGGCAAAGCAAGCAAUGCCAGGCAAGACGAGGGAAGUCGAGGCAAAGCGAGGAAAGGCGAGGCAUGGCGAGAGAAGGCGUGGCUUGGGGAGGUAAGUCGAGGCAGGGCGAAGCAAGGCGAUUCAAGGCGAGGCAAAGCAAGCAAUGCCAGGCAAGACGAGGGAAGUCGAGGCAAAGCGAGGAAAGGCGAGGCAUGGCGAGAGAAGGCGUGGCUUGGGGAGGCAAGGCCAGGCACGGCGAUGCAAGACGAAGCAAGGCGAGACAAGGCCUUGCAAGGCCAGGCAACUCGAGGUAAUGUGAGCCAAGCAAGGCGGGGCAAAACCAGGCAAGGUCAGGCAAAGGCAGGAAGUCCAGGCAAAUCAGGCACGGCCAGGCAAGUCAAGACAACACCAGGCAAAGUGAGAACUCUGAAAAAGGAAGAUAAAGAUGAAGGUGGUAGUGGUGGCAGCAGUGGUUUGGAUGACAACAAAUGA